UCUUCCUUAUCAUUAAAGCUACUCUGCCCCCUCCCUCACCUGCCCACUGUGCACACUUGUUCCUUGGUCUUCGCUGCCAUAAAGUCAGGAGCCAGCAGAGGAGAGCCAGUCAAGCCUUAGCAGCCAUGGAGUUGAAGGCCUGUUGCUUCCUGGUGUUUGCUGCCUUGGCCUGGGCUCCCAGCCGGGCCAGAGAAGUUGGAAUUUACCUGCAGGCCAUGCAGGGAGGAAUCCAUGUGGACCCCAAACAAAGUUGUGGAGAAAAAAUGACUGUCGACGGGACCGGAAGGACUAUCACCAGUCCGGACUAUCCCAAUAACUACCCAAGCAACCAAAGAUGUUCUUGGAUCAUCAAGGCUCAGAAUCCAGAAGCCACACUGGAGGUUGAAUGCGAUGACUUCGACGUGACGGAUUGCAAAGACCGAAUGGUGAUCAAAGAGAAUAGAAAGGUGAUGGCGACGUUCUGUGGUACAGGGAAGCAGUCCUACAGAUCUACUGGAAACCGCAUUGCCAUUAAGUUCCGCACCAACGGAAGCAACACAGGUAAAGGAUUUUCGUGCACAGUCCGCAUUCCAGAAUCCACGGUAACCUCGAGUACCACAGACACGUGCCAGUGUGGUGUGGCAAACCCCAGCAGGAUUGUGGGUGGGCAAGAGGUGGACCCUAAAAAUAAGUACCCAUGGCAAGUGGGGAUCAUGUAUAACGGCGGAAGUAACUACUGGUGCGGUGGCUCCGUCAUUAAUAACAAGUAUAUCCUGACUGCUGCCCACUGCGUUAAAGGUGAUGAUGCCAGCUCUCUAGUGGUGGGUGUGGCCGACCACGACAUGUACUCCACCACCGAUGACGUGCCAGGUGUCACUGACCUGAAGAGCGUCGAGCAAAUUAUCAUUCACUCUGGUUAUGGAAGCAAUGGAUAUGACUACGACAUCGCGCUACUCAAGCUCAAGGAAACACUGGACCUGAGUCAAUACGAGCAGCUUCGCCCUGUGUGUCUUCCUGCCGAUGACUCCCAGACGUAUGAAGGGGUGAUGGCCAUAGCUUCGGGCUGGGGUACGCUCUACUCAGGUGGGCCUCAACCAUCUACAUUGAAUGAGGUAUCUGUGCCCAUUCUGGCUCCUUCCUGCCCGGGAAUGUCUGGUAUCACGGCCAACAUGCUGUGUGCCGGCCUCCAGGAGGGUGGCAAGGACACCUGCCAGGGCGAUUCCGGAGGUCCGCUCUUCGUGGAAGAAAACACCAAGUAUACGCAGGUCGGCAUUACCUCCUGGGGUUUUGGAUGUGCCGGCGAAAACAGUCCCGGGGUGUACGCCAGAGUGAGCAAGUUCCUUCCCUGGAUCAUGAGCAACACCGCUGACGCCACCUACUGCCAGUAGUGAUGUUUGCCUGCAACCCUCCCUGCUCUCGCCCCACGAAACAUUCUUUCCCUAGUGUUAGGCGCAUGUGGCCUGGGAAAGUCUUCAUUGCAUAAUAAAGUUGCUCUCAGC